CCCUGAUGAGUUCUUUGUUGUUUUAAAGUUGAUAGUAAAAUUAAAUUAUUUAAGUUCAAUACUUUUUUCAACCAUACUGAUUUAGAAUAACCAAAAAGAGAUAAGUGGAAGAUAUUAUUGUACUAGCUAAAAUGAUACUGCAGAUAACUAUCAGCUGACACGAUGUACUGAGGUCAAGUGAAUGGAAAACACAGUAAAGUGGAAAAGUUGACUCAUACAAUGUGUAUGUAUGUGUUAGUGAGUGAGAGAGAGAGAGAGAGAGAGUGAGGAGAGGAGAGAGGAGGGGGAGACAGGCAGUUGGAGAGGGAAAGAGAGAGUAAUAGGAACCAGUUAGCUGUGGUCAGUAGCAGUAGGAGACUUAAUGUGCAGUGAGUGACUGUAGAGUGUACACCUUCCUUCCGGCAACAGAGCCUUGACAGCCUAACCUCCAAGUGUUAUGUGACACAGACACGCAUACGGACAUGACACCACUGUCAGUAGCCAUUUGUCUUCUCAUCUACUGCUGUGCUGUCCACACUCAGUCGUCAUUCAUCGAGACGGACUCUAUCGUCUUUCCUGAUAUUGAAAGUAAUACGACCCCUUCUGACAUAUCUGACAAGCUCAAAGAGUGCAUUGAAGAUGACUUCAAGAUAGAGUUCAAUGGAGAGUGCCGUUCGCUACUGACCACGGAGGGAGCUUGUCCGGAGGGUGAAUGGCUGGUACUGGAUAUCCUCUCUGCGUCUCUACCCCAACUCAAAAUCCAGGGCAAGUGUGCUCUGAGAAGAUGUGAGCCGAAACAACACUACUGGCUGGACCAGAGAAGGUGCGUCUAUUCGAACGACAGUUCGUCUUUAUGCCCCCAAGGGACCACUAUAAGCACGGACUUUUUCGGUGAUGGAUUCUGCGAGUGUAUCAGAGCUCCUGUACACGCGAGGGAGAGGUCGGGCCGAUGUUACCAGGUGUUCACCAGAGGACCUUGCCCGGACGGGAAGGUCUGGGUGAGAGAGAGGGGCAGGAUGUCCUGUCAAACGGACAGUUGUGCCACUACACGUGCUAGGUUCCCUAGUAAGACUAUUGUGCCGUGGCAAGAUGGCAAGUGUUACGCGGUAAAUGAACGUGGUCCCUGUGUCCAAGGGAAUGUGAUACUCGUCAACACGUGGACUCUCCAGCCUGAGUGUGGAGAACAGUUCACCACUCUGAACCUGUUCAAUCCACCCUCUACUUGUACAGGGACAGACCACUCGGGCAAGUGUACUGGCCCUGUCACCGUUCCACAGAAUGUCCAUAACUUCUACUCCAGUGUAGCGGAUCAAGCUAGCAAGAAAAGGGCAAAGAAAGGUCUCAACAGUCCUAAGUAAAACGUCCAAAUACUUUUUAUAUAAAUUAUUCCAAGUGUUUCAUAUUUAUUUUUAAGACUUCUAAAACAUAUUUCCAACUUAAACUAUUAUUAACAUUAAAAUGCAACAUAUAACAAUAAAUUUAGUUUUGGAAUUGAGAGCUGAAUGCAUUAUUCGUACUGUUCAAUAUUUCAAAUAUAGAGCUUAAUUCAAACGUUAAUAGAGUAAUAAUUAAGAUUUAUAUAUGAAAAACCUGAUAAUCAACUACUAGCCAGGUUAUACAAUACAUCUAUAACUCAUUAAACAGUAUAAAUAUCAUUUUUAAAUUCACCACCCAGCGUAAAAACAAUAAUACAAUGUGACUGAUUUCUUUAGCUAAAUUAAUAUGUUGUUAAGUACUGUUAUAAUGUGUUUGUUUCUCGCAUAAUUUAUUACUUGAUUUAUUUAUAAAUAAAAUGUUGACAUGUAUUUAAUUCUAGUGAAAACUGAUACAACAAUAUAUAUCAUUUGUGAAUGACAAUAUUUCGAAAAUGUUGAAUUUUAAUAAAGUGUGUGAAAUCUUAUAAGGAUCCAUCAUUUCAUACCACUUUCUAAAAAUAGUGUAUUGAUAAACUUGUCCCUGUUAGUAACAAUAGUCUGUGAAAUAGAAAGUGAAAGCACCAGGAAAAGUGUGAUUGGCGACAGGUUUGGCUUGGCAUGUCAUUAUAUCUGUUGUUAGUGUCUAUAUCUGUCCCCCAAGGAUUUCAAGCUAACUGUUGUUUAUGAAAUCUGUGACACUCCUGAAAUUAAGCAAUUACUUGAAAAACUUAAGUUAUUAAUAACAAUUAUUAUUUUCUAAAUAUUAUUAUAAAUACAUGAACUCUACUUCCAUUACUAAACUCCUGACUGAUUUAUUUUAGAAAAAGAAGUUCUGAAUGUACUUACAGUGUAUAGAAGGUAAUAAAAUGCCAUUUCCUCCUUAACUUUUAAAAAUAACUAAGACUUAAACAAAUGUUUUGUGGAUACAUUUAUUAGGGAACUUAAUUAUUUUUAAAUGGGGUAGAAAAGGAACAACCUAACAUUACUAUUUUGUAAUCCUUAAUUUUAUUGUUUUUUUUACCUGAUUCAUUUAAAUAUUUACAAUGUAGCACUGUUAGUUGCUUUUAAACACAAAUCAACCAUACUACAAUUUUUCAAAUAAUAAAUUAAUUAGAUUUAAAACUAAAACAGUUGCUUUAAAAAAGUCUUAUAAAGUUACAACAAAGCUUAUUAUUAAUACAAAAACAUCGUUUUUGCAACAUGUCAUUUUUUGGUUCAUAAUGCCUGAAUAUAAAACAUUUUAAACCGAACAAAAUAAGUUAUUAAGAUGAUCUUGCAUGUUUUAACAGUGAUGUAGGUUUGGGCAUUCAACACAUUCAACAUUCAACACUCAAAAGUUAGUUGAUGUUGAUUCAGUGUAGCUAUAACUAUUUUAGAGCCACAACAUCAUUAAACAAGACUGCAUAUUUGAAACAAUUUGUAUUUCAGUUCCUUUUUAUAUACUAAUUUUACUAACUUCUACAUAGUUUUCACCAUGGAUGAUUGCUAAUUAUAAACUAAUUAGAUUCACAAUUAGAUUCUCUUUAGUUUCUAAUCAUAUUUGGCAUCAUUGUUGAAAUCUGAUGUUAUUAUUGUUUUAUUGUAUCACACUAAUAUUGUAUACAGGCUGGUACUGCUGGUUUACUUCAUAACGUUAUUACUGUUGCAAAUUCUGGUAUAUAACUACAAAGAACUAUUUCAUAAUGAUCUACGAUAAAAUGCAACUGUGUUUUGUUUCUGAGAUAUGUUAUAUCCGAUGAUAAAUUUAAAUAAACUUUAAUGUAAUCUUGGG